AUGCCGAAGAACAAGGGUAAGGGAGGAAAGAACAGGAAGAGAGGAAAGAACGAAGCUGAUGAUGAGAAGCGUGAGCUGAUCUUCAAGGAAGAUGGGCAGGAGUAUGCCCAGGUGAUGCGCAUGCUCGGUAACGGGCGUUGUGAGGCCACGUGCAUCGAUGGAGUGAAGCGUCUCUGCCAUAUCCGUGGCAAGAUGCACAAGAAGGUCUGGAUUGCAGCUGGUGACAUCAUUCUAGUGGGUCUCCGAGACUAUCAGGAUGACAAGGCUGAUGUUAUCCUGAAGUACAUGCCUGAUGAGGCCAGGCUUCUCAAGGCGUAUGGUGAGCUUCCAGAGAACACUCGUCUCAAUGAGGGUAUUGCUGGAGGUCUCGAUGAGGAGGAUGAAGGUGCUGGUGAUGACUACAUUGAGUUUGAAGACGAAGAUAUUGAUAAGAUCUAA